AUGACUGAAGCUUAUAUCACCGUUCUUAUCAAUGACAAUUAUCUCCCUGGUUCUUUAGUUUUAGGGAGAGCUUUGAAAAAAACAGGUACUACAAAGAGAUUAGUUAUCUUAAUUGCAAAUGUUUCAGAUGAAGCUAUUGAAUUUUUAAAAGAAGUUUAUGAUGAUAUUAUCCCUGUUAAUCCAAUCUUGAGUAAUUCAUUUGAAGAAUUAUCAAUUUUAGGUAGACUUGAUUUAAUUUCAACUUAUACUAAAAUUACAAUUUGGUCACAAGAACAAUAUUCAAAAUUAAUUUAUUUAGACUCAGAUGUUUUACCUUUAGUUAAUAUUGAUGAAUUUUUCACUCAAAUUGAAUUAAAUGAUUCAAAUUAUUUAAUUGCUGCAUCUCCAGAUAGUGGUUGGCCGGAUAUUUUCAAUUCUGGUGUUUUCAUUACAAAACCUUCUAAAGAAAUUUUUAAUAAAUUAUUAUAUAAAAUUCAAAAUGAAGAAACUCCUUCAUUUGAUGGUGCUGAUCAAGGUUUAUUAAAUGAAUUUUUCUUAGGUAAAUGGUUUAGAUUACCUUUCACUUUUAAUGUUACUCCAUCUGCAAGUUAUCAAUAUAUUCCUGCUUUUAAUAGAUUUGCUAAAGAUAUUAAAAAUAUUCAUUUCAUUGGAUUAAAUAAACCUUGGUUAACAAGAGAUUCUUCGAUUUUUGCUUCAGGAAGUUUUGGUAAAAAUUAUGAAAUCAUUUCAAAUAUUCAUAAAAAUUGGUGGAAUGUUUUCAAUUCAAAUUAUUUUGGUAAAUCUGCAAGUGAAAUUUUCACUAUUUCUAAAAUUAAUCAAAUUAAUGAUUAUUCUGAAAAAGGUGAAGGUCAUUUAUUAAAUUUACCAAAAAAUUUUAGUAAUAAAUGGGAUGAGGAUAAUAGUUUAAAAAUUGAUGAAAUUGAUGAAGAAAAUCAAUCUUAUCAACCAACACCAAUUUUCCCAUGGGAGAAAGCUUCAAAUAAACAAGAAGCUACAAGAGUUUUUAAUGAUGAAACUGAUUUUUAUGUUGAAUGA